AUGUUCGAGCCUCCGCAUGCUUUUCUGCCACCGUCGAAUUCAGCAGCAUUGCUUCGCGGCCGCGGACCAGCCGUCGCCGUCGCCCUUGCCGUCGCCGUCGCCCGCACCGCAUCCCCUCGACGCUGCUCGACCAGUACCAUCACGACGAUACCCUCGGCCAGCCAGGCCAACAUUCAUCCGCGGCGGGGUCUCGAGUCGACCGAAGCAGACGCCAUCUCCCAUCGCAAAUCAUUUUACCAGCCUCCUACUGUCCAUUGGCGUCGACGCUGGCCACGACCAUCGACCUGGCUGAUGCCAGCCGCUGCAGCAGCAGUCGCUCGCCCACAACGACCACUCGCCUGGCUCUGA